CAGUCCCGGUGCCCACACCCCGCAGGAGCCAUGGAGGCCAUCAAGAAGAAGAUGCAGAUGCUGAAGCUGGACAAGGAGAAUGCCAUCGACCGCGCCGAACAGGCCGAGGCGGACAAGAAGACAGCUGAGGACAAGUGCAAGCAAGUCGAAGAGGAGCUGACGCACCUCCAGAAGAAACUGAAGGGCACGGAAGACGAGCUGGACAGGCACUCGGAGGACCUGAAGGACGCGCAGGAGAAGCUAGAGCUGGCGGAGAAGAAAGCCUCCGAUGCUGAAGGAGAUGUGGCUGCUCUCAACCGCCGCAUCCAGCUGGUGGAGGAGGAGCUGGACCGCGCUCAGGAGCGACUGGCCACAGCCCUGCAGAAGCUGGAGGAGGCAGAGAAGGCAGCAGAUGAGAGCGAGAGAGGCAUGAAGGUGAUAGAGAACCGAGCCAUGAAAGAUGAGGAGAAGAUGGAGAUCCAGGAGAUGCAGCUGAAAGAGGCCAAGCACAUCGCUGAGGAGGCCGACCGCAAGUACGAGGAGGUGGCGCGUAAGUUGGUCAUCCUGGAGGGUGAGCUGGAGAGAGCAGAGGAGCGUGCGGAGGUGUCCGAACUAAAGUGUGGCGACCUGGAAGAGGAGCUCAAGAAUGUCACUAACAACCUCAAGUCACUGGAGGCUGCUUCUGAAAAGUAUUCUGAAAAGGAGGAUAAAUAUGAAGAAGAAAUCAAGCUUCUGUCUGACAAGCUGAAGGAGGCUGAGACCCGAGCUGAAUUUGCAGAGAGGACAGUUUCCAAACUGGAGAAGACAAUCGAUGACCUGGAAGAAAAACUUGCCCAGGCCAAAGAAGAGAAUGUGGGCUUACAUCAGACACUGGAUCAGACACUAAACGAACUUAACUGUAUAUAACCCAAACCAGAAGAGUCCUGUUCCACCACCAACUCGACUCCAGAGAGUGUGCCAUGUCUUCCUCUCUUGUAAGAAGUUCCUCUUGUUACUGUGUCUCCACCUUGCUGGAAAUGCCAAGCAGAUAAUGAAUUCAUGACCAAAUAUUUUGUAUCAGACAAGCUUUGAGCACCACUUAAGUUUCUUUCCUUUUCCUUUCAAAUGGCACCAGCUUCUUCAGCUAGUCUUGUUCUUAAAUUGCAUUUAUUCCUAAAAUAGGCAGGGAAUUUCACACUGAGUGUAGUUGCUUAAGGCUGAGGGCAUUUGGUUCCUGGGAAUUAGUCAGCCCCACACUUUUAAGCACAGGCUCAAGUAUCUGUAUCUGAUAGUAUCUGGUCACUGUUGGGGAAGUUAUGGGAGGCUGGGGGUUGUCACAAGAAAAAGUGUAGGAAUUUUCCACCUAGAGCAAAAAUUAAAAAACGGGCUGCUAUGGGAAGUCAAGCCUGAUCAUGCUGAGCCGGCUCCACACUCCACUGUGCAGAACAAACUUCCUUUAAGCAUUCCAAGUGAGGAUGCUGGGGUGAUUGCCCGUGUAUCUUCAGACAGAUCCUUGAUGCUGUUCCGUGCACAUUUUCCUUUCACUCCAAAAGUGUCCUCUGAGGAGCAAGUGUCUUAUUCCGGGACUUGUCUGCUGUGGUCUAAUGACAUGCUCAGCAAGGAAUAUGGCAGAGUCCAGUCCUUUUCAGAUCAGUCAUGUCAAAGAUUGCUAGCAAAGCCAGGCGGCAGUGACACACGCCUUUAGUCCCAGCACUCGGGAGGCAGAGGCAGGCGGAUCUCUGUGAGUUUGAGGCCAGCCUGGGCUACAGAGUGAGUUUUAAGCCAGCCAGGGCUACAUGGUGAGAUCCUGUCUCAAAUAACAAACAAAAAGACUGUUAGCCAUCAAUACAUUGAGGAGACUGUUCUAAUAACAAAUGCUGGGCAACAAAAGUCCUCUCCAGCAGCAAGGUGAUAGAAAAAGGAAGUGGUUAAACUUCAUCUCCAUUGUUCAGGGAACAACAAAUGGAGGCUUGACUUUGCCGAGACUUGAAUUCCCUCGGGAAUGACACUAGUAAAGACCAAGAAACUCCUGAUGGAACUGGAUGUGGAGUAUUCCGUAGGCUGCACUUUUUUUUUUUUUUUUUUUUUUUUGUUUUGCUUUCUCAGUUAACAUCUCAGACUGAAACAUUCCACAUUCCCUAGCAGCGUGGGAACAACUCGAGUUUACAAUUCCGACUGAACAUCACCCUGCUUCUAGCCUAUCUGAACCCCUGCCCCUCACUCCUAUUUAUUACGCAUCACACUACCAGGGAGGUGAACUUGUAGCAAACUGUGCAGUUGAAUAAAACCUACUCUGUUCUCUAGAUUCUUGCAAUUGUAUCAUAUGUGAUAAUAUCACUUUUUCUACAUUUUGGUCAAAUAAAUUUUUACAUAAACAA